CUUAGUCACCUUUCUCUUCUCCCCGUUUUGGCAGCAGCCCCUCAGGGCAAGGGGAAGCUGAUAUCAUAAUUAUUGGCUCACUCAGCAGCUGCCUCCCCUCACCUGAUGUCAGCACAGACCCAGGAAGGCCCAGCUGACGGACUGACAGACGGACGGAGCUCCUGGCUCCCUAGACCUGGGCCCCCACGCCGACCUGCUUCACUGAGCAGGCCAGGACCGGGUGAUGGUGUCACUACUUCCGCCGCAGUCUGACGUCACAUUGCCGGGUCCCACCAGACUGGAAGGGGAGCCACAAGGGGACCUGAUGCAGGCUCCAGGCCUCCCUGGCUCCCCUGCCCCACAGAACAAGCAUGCCGGUUUCAGCUGUUCAUCAUUCGUGCCCGAAGGCCCUGCUGAGAGGGCACCCUCGCUGCCUCCACACAGCCCAAGCGUUGCGUCACCAGGUCCUGAGCAAAUCCAGGGUCACUGUCCAGCUGGCCCUGGCCCGGGCCCUUUUCAGCUCUCACCCUCAGACAAGUAUCCUGGCUUCGGCUUUGAGGAGAGUCCAGCAAGCAGCCCCGGGCGCUUCCUCAAGGGCAACCACGUGUCUUUCCACCCGUACAAGCGGCAUUUCCACGAAGACAUCUUCCCAGAGGCGCAGACCGCCCUGGUCCUUGAUGGACACUCUUUUAAGACCCCAGGGGCCCUGGAGGCCUUUGAGGAGAUCCCUGUGGACGUGAGGGAGGCUGAGGCCUUCCCGCCUGGCUUUGCAGCAGAAGCCUGGUGCAAUGGACUCUCUUACGCUGGCCACGAGCCCAGCCAAGUUCUGCAGGGGUCAGAGGUCAAGGUCAAGCCCCCAGCUCUGGAGAGUGGCCCUGGAAUGUACUGCUACCAGCCCCCUUUGCAGCAUAUGUACUGCCCCUCCCAGCCACCCUUUCACCAGUACUCACCAGGUGGUGGCAGCUACCCUGUUCCCUACCUGGGUUCCUCGCACUAUCCAUACCAGCGGAUUGCACCCCAGGUCAGCGCCGACGGGCACCAGCCGCUCUUCCCCAAACCCAUCUACUCCUACAGCAUCCUCAUCUUCAUGGCCCUGAAGAACAGUAAAACUGGAAGCCUUCCUGUGAGCGAGAUCUACAAUUUUAUGACAGAGCACUUCCCUUAUUUCAAGACAGCACCUGAUGGCUGGAAGAAUUCCGUGCGCCACAACCUGUCCCUCAACAAGUGCUUUGAGAAGGUAGAGAAUAAAUCUGGAAGUUCUUCUCGCAAGGGGUGCCUGUGGGCCCUCAAUCCAGCCAAGAUUGACAAGAUGCAGGAGGAGCUGCAGAAGUGGAAGAGGAAGGAUCCUAUCGCUGUGCGCAAAAGCAUGGCCAAACCAGAAGAACUGGACAGCCUCAUUGGAGACAAGAGGGAGAAGCUGGGCUCCCCACUGCUGGGCUGUCCGCCCCCUGGGCUGGGAGGUGCAGGCCCCAUCAGGCCCUUGGCACCCCCUCCUGGGCUCUCCCAGCCACUGCAUUCAAUCCAUCCAGCACCAGGCCCCAUUCCUGGCAAGAACCCCCUGGAGGACCUACUUGGGGGACACACACCUCCCUGCUACGGGCAGACAUACCCACACCUCUCACCGGGCCUGGCCCCUCCCGGACCCCCGCAGCAACCAUUGUUCCCACAGCCAGAAGGGCACCUUGAACUGCGAGCCCAGUCGGGCACCCCCCAGGACUCGCCUCUGCCUGCCCACACCCCACCCAGCAACAGUGCCAAGCUGCUGGCUGAGCCCUCCCCAGCCAGGACCAUGCCUGACACCCUACUGCCAGACGGAGAUCUUGGUACUGACCUGGAUGCCAUCAACCCCUCUCUCACUGACUUUGAUUUCCAGGGAAACCUGUGGGAACAGCUGAAGGAUGACAGCUUGACCCUCGACCCCCUGAUACUGGUGACCUCGUCCCCAACGUCAUCCUCCAUGCCGCAACCUCUGCCACCACCUCACUGCUUCCCUCCAGGGCCCUGUCUGGCAGAGACAGGCAGUGGGGCAGGUGAAUUGGCACCACCAGUGAGUGGGAGCUCCGGAGCCCUGGGAGACCUGCCCAUCACCACUCUCUACUCAGCCUUCAUGGAGCUGGAGCCCACGCCCCAUGCAGCCCCUGCAGGCCCAGCUGUGUACCUCAGCCCCAGUUCCAAGCCCAUGGCCCUGGCAUGAGCUGUGCCCAGCAUCAGCUCCAGCCUUUGAUGGCCGGGAAGUCCUGGCUGGUUGCCCACAUCGGGCUCACCUUAAAGGUCAAGGAAGGAAAACACUAACUGUCCCCUAUGCCAUUCAACCAACUUGCUUGUUCACUGGCAGCUGAGGUAUAGAGGACACCACCCAGGAUACUGCCCCUCACACAUUUCUGUUGCCUGGUGGUCCAGCUCCUCACUCAGGGCACCUCAGAGAGCAGCUAUGUGGGAAAGAAGCAAACGAAUCCUCCACGGGACACUCCUAUCCACCCAUCAGCUCUCCUGCACACGCAGAUUCAUGGAGUGGCUCAGACACACCCCACACACACACACACUGCACACAGAGAGAUCCACACCACAGCUUGCAGAGCCUGGCUUCAUUUCCGAGGUAUCUGGGAGCUAAGGGCUUUGGUUACCAAAGCUCAGGAGCCCCAUACCAGGCCAUAGUUCCCCCUGGAACUCCAUCCUCCCCUCGGCCUCCCCCAGUCAUGUUCUUUCCCAGAAGCCUCCUGUAUUUAUUCUCCUGUCUUCGUCCCAUCAGCCCAGCAGGGAGGAGAGUGAAACUUCUCCCAUGUUGCCUUCGGAGCUUGCUCUGCCAGGCUCCACCCAGCUUCAGCACAGUACCCUGCCUGGCUGCUGCCAGGGUGACACACAGGAGGGGUAACGUCCACCCAGAGAACAAACUGAGCCCAAUUCCAAUACAAAGUGUUUGGAAAGCCUUUGCCCUCAAAAACUUGAACAAGUCCUCUCCUCCCAGUCCUGGGUGUGGGAAGGGCCCCCUCCAUGUCACCACAAACCUACUCUUUGUCUAGAAAGAAAUUCCUGUAGUUUAGGCCCCAACUUACUAGUUACUUUGACCAUUUCCAGAAACCUGGGCAUUCAAGGCAGAAAAGCCCGGUACAGGCUGGUGAGGAAAGCACCCAUGCCCUCGCUCUUUGCUUGACUGGCAGAGCCAGGUCAUCUAGGAAGCACAAAAGAUGUCCCUGGAGUCCUAGUUGUGGUCCAGGUACCUAACAUCCACCAAGUGGGAUCCUCACCCUACCCUGGGCCUGGGGGUGACAAGAACCUCUAAAGUUUUGCCUCAGACUCAUAUGCAGCACAAACAGAUUCCUCAAUGGCCUGCCAUUGUCCCCUGUCCUGGAACAAUAAAGCAAGUGCCUUGUGGUCUCA